AGCGAUUCGCCUCCGGGUUAGGCUGAGCCUCUUGCUUGCUGUGACUGGUGGAGCUGCCGCGCUGUCCGCGUUAUCUCCUCCCGGUGAGAACGAACCGCAGUGUCCACCGGCGAGGAGCCAGCCCUGUCCCGGUCAGAGAAAGACGACGAGGAUACCUGGGAGCGGGCGGCGGCCGGGCUGGGCCGCGCCGGUGCGGGCUGGCGACUCUGCUCCUCCGCUUGCUGCUGUCUCUGGGAACUGGGUGCCAGCGCUGAGGGGCUUCCAGCGGACAGGGACCCCCUUCCCCGGCUCCCCUGCCCACCCUGCCGGGGAGGGCGGAAGAUGCCGGUGAAGAAGAAGAGAAAAUCCCCUGGGGUGGCAGCAGCAGUAGCGGAAGACGGAGGCCUCAAAAAGUGUAAAAUCUCCAGGUACCAUCUCCCCCCACCCUUCAAGCUUCCCUCCUCCCUCCUUUGCUGGACAACUGGAGGAAAAGGAGUCGGGCCCGGCCUGCCGGGCUGGGGCUGGAGACAGGUGAGGCCCCUUUGAUCGAGCUAGGCUGUAGGUGCCGAACACCGCGAGUCUCCGCGCCCGACCCGACCUCGUGUUCGAGUGUGUGCACGCUGGCGUUUAUGGAGAGACUAGAAGAGCCGCCCACGUUAAGAGUCUACGUGCCCUGCAGGGUGGGGAACAGAUGCAUAUGUAAAUUGCGCUUCCCCCCACCCCCACCCCACAACCGACCCUCGAUCCCCUACUCCCGUAUCGCUCCUCUGCCUUUUUCUAGACUUAGAACUAUUGCAGAUCCCAACCCCCUGCUAGACUAAUAAGUGGAGAGGAACAUUUUUCAAGCAAGAAGUGCCUGGCUUGGUUUUAUGAAUAUGCAGGUCCUGAUGAAGUUGUAGGGCCAGAAGGAAUGGAAAAAUUUUGUGAAGACAUUGGUGUUGAACCUGAAAAUAUUAUUAUGUUAGUUUUAGCGUGGAAAUUGGAGGCUGAAAGCAUGGGAUUUUUUACCAAGGAAGAAUGGUUAAAGGGAAUGACUUCAUUACAGUGUGACUGCACAGAAAAGUUACAAAACAAAUUUGACUUUUUGCGCUCACAGUUGAAUGAUAUUUCGUCAUUUAAGAAUAUCUACAGAUAUGCCUUUGAUUUUGCAAGGGAUAAAGAUCAGAGAAGCCUUGAUAUUGAUACUGCUAAAUCUAUGUUAGCUCUUCUGCUUGGGAGGACAUGGCCACUGUUUUCAGUAUUUUACCAGUACCUGGAGCAAUCAAAGUAUCGUGUUAUGAACAAAGAUCAAUGGUACAAUGUAUUAGAAUUCAGCAGAACAGUCCAUGCUGAUCUUAGUAACUAUGAUGAAGAUGGUGCUUGGCCUGUUCUUCUUGAUGAAUUUGUUGAGUGGCAAAAAGUCCGUCAGACAUCAUAGCAAGAACUAUGUGAAGAAAAUGCAAACCUUUCAAUUCCCACGUGUAUGCAAGCUAAUGUGAUGAGGGGGAAAACAAUCCAACGGGUGCAUUUUCAUUCAUAUGAAAGACUUCUCAUAGUACUUUUUUUUCCUUUUUUUAAAGGAGGUUUUUCUUGUUACAUGUGAUGGGCAUUGAGCCACACCUCUUCUUAGACUGAAUAUUGAAGUUUUUGUUUUGAGUUAUGUUUAUAACAUUUAUUUCAGAACAAUAAAGAUUCAGAUUUGUGACAAAGGCCUUAAAGUGAA